AUGAACGUCGACACGGUCGCCGACUUCCUCUCCGACCAAAGAGACGAGGCGCCCGAGGAGCUUCAGGGUCUCAUAAUCCAAUUUGAAGAUUACUGGGAGCGCAAGCUGUGGCACCAGCUCACCGAUGCCCUCAUCGACUUCUUCAACAACCCCGCCAGCGCCAGCCAGCGCCUUGCCUUCUACAAGGUCUUCAUCCUCAAGUUUGCCGACAAGAUCAACCAACUCAAGCUCGUCGAUCUUGGCCUCAAGGCCGCCACACAAUGCAAAGAUGACCGAGAACGUCUGGUCUUUCUAACAGACCUGGCCAAGAAGGUCGACAAUGAAAACACACAAGAUGCCUUUGUGUACGCCACAGUUGCUGCCGCAAAAGUGAAGCUACAGCUGCGCGACCCCGAAGCUGCCCGGAAGGAUCUCGACAGUGCCGAGAAGAUUCUCGACACUUUCGACUCCGUGGAAACAAAGGUCCAUGCCGCCUUUUACGAGACGAACGCCUCAUACUACCAGGCUCAGACCGACUUCGCCUCCUUCUACAAGAACGCUCUCCUCUAUCUCGCAUGCAUAGACCUCUCGACAUUAUCACCAGAAGAGCGCAAGGCCAGGGCAUACGACCUUGGUAUCGCUGCCCUUGUGUCAGACUCGAUCUACAAUUUCGGCGAGCUGCUGCAACACCCCAUACUGGCAGACCUGACCGGCGACAUCUCGUGGCUGCGUGACCUGCUCCUUGCCUUCAACAGGGGAGAUCUGGCAGCUUAUGACAUGCUGUCCGGACAUAUCGAUGAGCAUCCCCUGCUAGCAGAUCACGAUGACGAGAUUAGGCAAAAGAUUUACCUCGCCGCCCUGACAGAAUCCGUCUUCCGCCGGCCACCGCACCAGCGCGCCAUGUCUUUCGCAACCAUAAGUGCUGAUACCAAGGUCCGCAAGAACCAGAUUGAACAUCUGGUCAUGAAAGCUUUGAGCCUUGGUUUGGUACGCGGUACCAUAGACGAAGUGGAUGAAGUUGUCAACUUCACAUGGGUUCAACCUCGCGUGCUAGACAUGGGUCAGAUUGCGAGCAUGAGCCAACGGCUAGGUGAAUGGGGUGAGAAUGUCAACAAGCUGGGCAACUGGAUUGAGGCUACUGGGCAGGAUAUCUGGGCCGCCUAA